CAGGCACUAAAGACCAUUAUCAUAUUGAUUUAAAUGAUGAAGUUACACGAGGAUCAAUUGUAUUACAUGAAGGUAAAUUGAUGUGGCCUCCUCCGCCUCCAAAAGAAGUGCCUGCAGCUCCCGUUGCAAAACCUGUUGCUGCUAAACCUGUUACACCCGAACCAAAUUAUUUUAAUGAGACAUUGAAAGAUUCCUUAUUGUAUACAACAGGAUUAGGUUCUUUAGUUGGACUUGGAAUGGUAUCACCAAAUCAGUCUAUAACUACAAUGACAACUAUAUUUGGGUUGUCUGGAAUAGUUGGUUAUCAUACUGUAUGGGGUGUAACUCCAGCACUUCAUUCUCCACUAAUGUCAGUUACUAAUGCAAUAUCUGGUAUAACUGCAGUUGGAGGCUUAUUAUUAAUGGGUGGUGGAUUGUAUCCUACUACAGUUUCACAAGGAUUAGGUGCAGCUGCUGCAUUUAUUUCUACUAUUAAUAUUUGUGGUGGUUUUCUUGUUACAAAAAGAAUGUUAGAUAUGUUUAGGAGACCUACUGAUCCACCAGAAUAUAAUUAUUUAUAUGGAAUACCAG